AUGGCGCCCCUUUACCUCCUGUCGGAGACAAGCGCCGGUUAUGGCUUGUUUCAGGUGAAGGACAAGAAGCUCAUUGAGGGCGAUGAUGUGACCGACCGUCUGUCUACUCUGGACAAGAUCAAUAAGGAGGUCCAGUUCAACCUGUUCAAGAAGUGGAACAGCGCCGUUGAGGCCGUCGCCGAGCUCGACAAGCUGAUCGACGGCAAGAUUCCCCCGAUCCUGACGCAGCUGCUGGAGGAGGUCAAGGAGAAGUCGAAGAAGGCGACCAUACUGGUCGAGGACAAGGCUCUCGGCAACACGUUGCAGAAGCUACCCGGCUACAACCUCACAGCCAUCCCUGCAGGCCCCGGCACUGCUGCCGGCGAGGUCUUCCGUGGCAUCCGUCAGCACCUGUCGAGCCUUAUCCCUGACAUUGACGAGUCGGGCUUCAAGACCAUGUCCCUGGGUCUGUCGCACUCGCUGUCUCGCCACAAGCUCAAGUUCUCUGCCGAUAAGGUCGAUGUUAUGAUUAUCCACGCCGUGUCCCUGCUCGACGACCUCGACAAGGAGCUCAACGUCUUCAUGAUGCGCGUCAAGGAGUGGUACGGCUGGCACUUCCCCGAGCUGGCCAAGAUCUUGAACGACAACGUCGCCUACUCCAGGGUUAUCCUGGCCGCUGGCAUGCGCGAGAACCUCGUCAACACCGACCUGUCCGAGGUCUUGCCCGAGGAGAUUGAGGCUGCCGUCAAGGCUGCCGCCGAGGUCAGCAUGGGCAGCGAGAUUGCCAGCGAAGAUCUCGAGAACAUCACGCUGCUCGCCGAGUACGUUGUCAUGUACGCCAACUACCGCACCCAGCUGUCCAGCUACUUGGACUCCCGCAUGAAGGCCAUCGCUCCCAACAUGACCGCCAUUGUCGGUCCCCUGAUCGGUGCCCGCCUUAUCUCUCACGCCGGCUCGCUCAUGAACCUCGCCAAGAGCCCCGGUUCGACCAUCCAGAUUCUCGGUGCCGAGAAGGCACUGUUCCGCGCCCUCAAGACCAAGCACUCCACCCCCAAGUACGGUCUGAUCUACCACGCUUCGCUGGUUGGCCAGGCCACCGGCCGCAACAAGGGCAAGAUGGCCCGCCAGGUCGCCUCCAAGGCCGCCCUAGGUGCGCGUAUCGACGCCCUGGCCGAGUACGAGGACGAGGAGACCGUCGACGACGACAUCCGCGCGACACUGGGUUUGGCCGCGCGUGCCAAGCUCGAGCUGAGCCUGUCGCGGUUGGAGCACAAGCCACUGUCCAAGAUUGCUGCCACAAACGGUGUCAGCACCGUGGGCAAGUGGGACGUCGCCGAGGCCCGGAAAUACAACGCCGACGCCGAUGGCCUGACAGGCAACGAGGAGGCUGCCGCUGAGCAGGCUGUUUCCAAGAGCGAGAAGAAGGACAAAAAGGACAAGAAGGAGAAGAAGGAAAAGAAAGAAAAGAAAGACACAAAGGCGAUUGCCGCACCUGAGGAGGAUACCGUCAUGGAGAGCAACGACGAAGCCGCCAACGGCACCUCGGGCCCGGCCAAGCUGACCGAGGAGGAGUACGAGCAGUUUGCAGAGGCGGCUGGCAUCUCCGUCUCCAAGUUCAAGCGCAAGUACGAGCGCGGCGACGUCGAGAUUGGCAAGGACGGCAAGCCCGUCGUGCACAGCAAGAAGGAGCUGAAGAAGCUGCGCAAAGCGGAGAAGAAGGCCGAGGAGGAGAGCUCGAGCAAGCGGAAGCGCGACGACGACGCCGAGACGCCCAAGAAGAAGAAGAAGAAGCACAGCGACGCAUAG